CAAAGGCGGGAACGCAGGGCAAUACACCAAAGCCCUCAUAAAUAUUCUCUGUCCAACUGACAAACAUUCCCCCCUUCUUGCCAUGUCGUUCAUCUGUCUUCUAGUCUGAUUACAGGCAGAACGUCCCCCAAUACUUGUUAAAGGACUAGCGGGCUGGAUAUUUUUCUAAGUGACUGGCAGCUACAAUUUCCACAAAAACUAUCUUAAGUAAGUUAACUGUUUUGUUUAAAAUGAUUCCGGACAUAAAUGAGGCUCAAGAGUACUUGUGCGCUUUGCGUCCAAUACCCGAAAAGGCGAGCGGGUAGUUCAAGUCAUGAACUGGUAUACCACACCCCGCGAACAGAAGACAUAUUUAACGGGUGAGACCACGUACAGACACGCUCUGCUUGUUGGCGCCUCUCUGGGUGAAGACUGUUUUUCUGAGAAUCUUACGUGACCCAGGCACCUGUGCACCGCUGGCUGGGACCUUCAACAAAGUCUGUUUGCUUUUGAUUGCGUUACUUCCUCUCACAAAGUGCGCACACACUUUGACUCUUGCACAAAGGAACGGAAAUUGCAAGAAGUUCCCAGUCUGGGUUAGUUUAUGUCGGGGUUACACGAAUCAUCCAUCAGGGUAAAACAUGGAAAACACUCAUGUCUGGAACUGCUGAGGGCUGAGACCCAGUUACCAAAAAGAAAUGAAUUCACAUCCACAACCAGGCGGUAAAGAAAAGGAAGAAAAGACGACAUGGAUCAUAACAUUCUCUCCAUCUUCCCCUUCUCAAGAGCAAAAUACAGGAAGCGUGACAGAAAAGAAGGUAAAUGUACAAGACCAUACAUCUGAGAAUCAAAAUCAGACAGAACAAAUCUGGAGGACAAUCCAUUGGCAGUGUGCUUGUAUAAAAUGCAAACCAGAUCGAAAGGGCGAGGAAGACGAAAAGAGCAAACAGAAUCCUACAGAAAAAAGCAAAGUGCAAGAAAUGUCUUCAACUCAUUCGGCUAAGGGUCAGAGCGACAACGAGGUCAACGGACAGCCAAACUUACAAAUAGACAAGACAAAUAAAGCGGCAAAUCCACCGCCACGCAGAGACAGUAGCCCACGAAAGAAAAAAGGGUUAGCGAAAAAGAGAAACGCAAAAGAAAAUGGUACUCAAGAUUAUCAACCUGCCGAAACUGAGCUUUCUGAGCAGCAGGCAUCAUCAAUAGACACUGCUUCACCAGCAGCAAAAGAAAAACCAGGCAUGGAACUCUUUCAAGUGAAUAUGCGAGAAAAGUCUCAUUCGGCUGAGGGCCGGAACGGCAACGAGGUCAACGAACAGCCAAACUCACACGUGGACAAGACAAAUCCACCCGCACGCAGCCAGGUGAGCAGAGACAAUAGCCCACUAUGGACAUGUAAGUUCGUGCGCCCACCAAAGAAAACAGGGGUAGGAAACAAGAGAAACGCAAAAGAAAAUGGAAUACAUUCUCAAACUGAGGCCACUGAACAGCAGGAAUCAUCAACAGACACUGCUUCACCAGCGGCAAAAGAAAAACCAGGCAUGGAACUCUUUCUAGUGAGAGCAACAGCACAACAGAAGCAGGAAAAUGACAAUGGGCAGAACAAGAUUGUAAGUGAACCAAACUCAGAAUGCCAGAUGGAAACACAUACACCCCCCACACUCAUCCUGUAUUUACUGGGAGAUGACAAAACGUUUUGUUCUGAAAACAAUCGUAAGAAAGAAGAACUCGGGCGACACUUCAUGAACUGUGUAUUGGAUACACCAACCUGGGUAUUUGCAAACAGUGAACUAGAAGGCUGUCUUAAAGACCUCAGAUGGAAGUGCUCUUUCAAAGAGAACCAGAGCUUUUUCUUUCUUCACACUAAGGAUAUGAAAUAUAACGUGUUUUCUGCACUGAAGUACAUAUCCGAGAAGACAAAGGCCAGCUUGGUUUUCUUGUUUCUAAAUGGAGACAAAGACACUUUUCUGGCUACUGUGCCGCUGGCACUAGAGGAAAAGAUCCCUGUAGUAGCUAUCAAGGGAUCUGGAAAUUUCGUUGAUGACUUACCUCCGAAAAAACGCAGCCGAGAGUCUAAAGACACAAUAGAGAAGAGCACAGACGACAACCAGCAUCGUCACAAAGAGACUAUUCCUAAAAGACAGACUUCUCAGUCCAGCGAAGAGCCCAAAGCCACAACAGAGAAGAGUAAAGAAGACAACGGAGAGACAACUCAAUCCACACAAGUGGAAAAGUCCGUGGCUGACACAAACUUUAAAGAAUACGAUCUAAUCAGCAACUUUGGCAGGAAGAGUGCUCUGCGUUUGUCUCUUCUCGACGUUAUCUUUACAGAAGAUGACGACCAAAAGUCGGAUGAUAAGAAGAAUGGGAAGACUGAUACCAACGGAAGAAAAGAGCAUGAAUUGACACGUCUAACAUUGGCUCAUGCCUGGGGAUGCUUUGAGAAGGCAAGGGAGAUGAGAUGGAGUAAAUUUGAGAGUAGCACACUUUACUACAUGAUGGAGAAAGCAUUGCUACAUGAGCAGGUUGAGUUUGUUGAGCUAUUUUUGGAACUUGGAGUUGACCUGAAAGACUUUCUCAAUAAAAACCUUUCGUCUUUGUGGUGCAAGGAGUAUGAGAAGAAGGACUCCAUGUUGAAGAAACUGUAUAAAGAGAAGGAAUUGACAGGAACAGAAGAAAAUAAAGGUUUUAACUUGCCUGAAGAGACUGAAAAAGCACAUAAACAUCUAAAGCUGGCUCUGAAAGAUCUUAUGGACGACAUUGGGAUAAAGAAUGAUGAAAGAAAGAAAACUGAAGAGUCCAUCAAAGACCCAGUGGUUCUCCUAUUCUUGUGGGCUUUGCUAACUAAGAAAUUUAACCUGGCAAAGUUCGUAUGGAGAGACGUACAGGACCACGUGACCACUGCCUUGGUCGCGUGUAUUUUACUAAGAGCCAUGCGCAGCAGAACGAUGAACGAUGUCAGGUUCGAUGACGAGCAGCAGGAGAUCACAACAACCAUUGAAUUGUUCGAAGGCCUGGCUAUAAAAACGUUAAAUAACUGCUACAAAGAAGAUCAAGCGAAGACCUUUCAACUUUUGUCAAGAAUACAAGAAACUGAGUACUGGAAUUGCGUCACCUGCCUGGAGAUUGCUGAGCUAGCACGGUGUAAAAAGUUUAUUGCACAAGAACCUUGCCAGAACUUUGCUGAUCGCAUAUGGAGAGGCUUAGACCCCUAUUCAAAAAAUGAAGAAGAUAAAAUAGAUCAGUUCCUGAUCAUCACCCGAUUCUUUUACGCAAUCAGCGCCAUCUUUGUUAUAGUCCCAAAGUUGGUCAUGGACUUUUCUCAGAACAAGAGGGGACCAUCCCAACUGCGAUACGCUUUAGCGCGCUUUUGUUUCUACUGGCCGCGUUACUGGGAAGAUCCAUCCUUCAAGUUCUACUCCGGAUGGUUUUUCUUCAUGGGCUUUCUUCUUCUUUACGCGUAUGUACUGAUGGCGCGAAUUCCUCCACCAGACGUCCAUAUUUCCGAAGUUGCUCUCUUGAUUUGGUUCAUGACAAUGCAUUUUGAAGAACUGCGUGUGGCCAUGGAAUGGGUCCAGCCAAAACGACAACGAGUUAAAGUGUUCAUACUGUCUCAACUCGGAAUUCUGAAUGUCACCAACUUCUACCUAGCGUGGGGUGGAAUCCUUCAAUGGCUGCUUUUUGACUCCAGCGCCUUCUCCCUUCAUGUUGUACUCUGUAUUAACUUUAUCUCAUUCAUCUGUCGCCUUUUCUAUUUUUCGUCCAUCAACUCUCAGUUGGGCCCCAAGGUCUUUAUGAUUUAUCAAAUGAUCAAAGAGAUGAUUCUCUUCUCCGUCCUUCUGAUAAUAAUCUUCCUGGGAUACGGCGUGAUUAUGUACUCUAUUGACAACAGAGGUCAAGGAGUAGUCAAUUCAACAGUAGUGCUUUCCCUACCCGUGGAGCCCUUCUGGCUCAUGCUGGCAGACAGACCUGGUGAUACGGGUGAAAGCGAAGACGACCCCAAAGUAGUCUUCCGUGGGCUACUGAGGGUAGCUUACUUAUUUUUUACCUCCUUGCUGCUGAUAAACGUACUCAUUGCAGCUUUCGGCAACUUGUAUGAAAGCAUCAAUAACCAGAAGGAGGACCUGAGGAAAUACCAGAAGUUUCACAUGAUCGUCAAGUUUUAUCUUGGAAGCCCUUUGCCACCUCCACUUACACUCUUCUAUUAUCCGAUCUUAUACAUCUGUCGGUGUUCUGGUCAUGACAUCACAAAAAAUAAAGACCACUUCGGAAAAGGACACGGUGGAAACAAAACAUGCAAAGAGAACAGGUUUCGACAAUAUCUUUCUUCGAAUGAGACUAUUGCACUCUUGAACUGGGCAAAGCUCACUACAGAGACUUAUACCGAAGAGAAACCAAAAACGGUUGAAGAUCUUGUAAAGGAGACCAUGGAGAAUAACUUCCCAGACGAGGAGAAGAAGACAGUUACAAAAGAAUAUUGUGAAAAUUGCCAGACUUCCAGAAACAGCAGUGAUAAUGAAUAUGAUGAGCUGACUGAAGAUUUGCUCACACUACACGAUUCUAUCCUCGACAGCACAUCUACCCUGAACAAAGCAAUGGCAGUUGUUGAAGAGCGGAUUGCCUGCCACCCGUGCAUCAUCUACAGGAGUUGUGUUCUGUGCGGCAAGCCUCCUGGGAAUCCAACGCAUUCUUCUGGGAGACAUCGGAUUGUUGGAAUACAAGCUGAAAACAGUCUUCGAAGAAAGUCUAUGCCAAACUUACGGAAGCUGCCUCCCCCUGAAUGCUAAAUAUAAUCACCUACCAGAUGUUAAAUUGACUGUUUACUUCUCGACACUCUCAAAACUCCGCACGAUUUUAGAUGUAUGAACUAUUUUUCUUAAAAUCGUAAAGAGUGUAAUACAAACUUUUGUACUGUUAAAGUGAGCAUCUGAAAUAUUAUGUACUGCGCUCUGCUAUGACAUUGAGACGGAGUUGUGAUCUCGGAAUCUGUUAGCUACUCCCUGUGGACAUGGUUAUCAAGCGAGAGGAAGUAAGUUUCCACAGGGCAGCAUGGAGAACUGUAAAAGACAUGUCUUAUUUUCCUAUUUACAGUGCGAUGUCCAGACCCCCAGGGUUAGUACUUUUGUGUUUCUUUACCCCAGGGUAUACUUCUCUUUGCAACUACAGCUUCAGGGAUAAAACACUAUAUGCGUGAUCUGGACACCACUUUACAGCUUUGAAAACAAGGAACUUGUCCUUUUGUUCCCCAUGUCGCCCCAGGGCAAAUUUAACAUUGCUUCAUAACUACAGCCCCUAAAGGCUUUAAACACUGUCAAUACUUGACAUCGUCUCUAUUCAUAGACAACCCCCACAACUAAUUGUUUUGUCACAAGGAGGAGCAAUAGUAACUAAAACCAAGUAAAGAUAUGAACCAGAAGAACACACAUAUCAGUGACAUGAAUAUAAUAUUUUGACAUAAAACGAUCAUUGAUACUGCAUUACCAUACUUAUCAGUUUAAGAGUUGCGUCGAGGUGUACAAAUCUGCAAUAAAGCAUUAAGCUAUGAGUUUAGAAAAUAUAAUCACGAAGCUGACUGCAUGGUUUCAUUAUAUGACUAAUAAAGGAAACGGAAAGAAAGCAUGAAAGAAGAAAACUCACCUGGUCACUCUAGUGCUAAUUUUGUAUCAUAAACAUACUUAAUAUUUACCGACAAUUUGAGUAUAAUAAUCAGGUGAAUAAAGUAUGCAGUUUACGUACAGAAAAAAUUGUCACUUUUCCACACUAGUGGGCUAAUUACAAAUCCUGUUUCGCAUUCCGUGUUUCAUAAGCACUUUGAAGUUCAUUUGACACCAUUUGGCGUGAGUGAUUGUGACUCAAUUUGUUAGAAUAGUCGUUAUUCAUAUGUUGAACUUGUCAAUAACUCUGACAUAACGACGGCAACAAUUCGAUUGUUUAUUUCGUGUUUUACCCUUUACUAUAGUGCUCCAUCAACAUAUUUCUUGUACUUUAUUAGUUUUACCAUAUGAGAUGCAGUUGAAGAUUUCGCUUUUACAAGUACAAAAAUCUUGAUGCAACUAAGAUUUGAACUCAUAGUAUUAUUGAAAUGUCUGUGAUAUUUAGCCUUAAAAUCUUACAGCCUGUUUAAAGCAAUACUUGCAACCGUCCAUACAUUAGUCUUAUUUUAAACACUAUAUUUUAAUGACAUUUAGACUGGAUUUUUUUCAUAACAUAUAUUUUUGUCUUGUUAAUAGGCCAGCUUUAAGGGCAUGACUCCAACAUUGUAGUAGCACACUGUAAAAAUUAUAUUUAUUAUUAUUGUUCUUCCUAUUGUUAAGAUUAUUGAGCUAUCACGUGAUUUUUACGUAAUUGUAAAAGUUUAGUAUACAUUUAUGUACGGCUAUGUAAACUGCACCAUUUUGAUUAUUUUCAUUCAUGUUAGAUUUUAAUGAUUUGCAGACCUAAUGCAUAGGAAAACAUGUAUUUUCUUUGUCAACUUAUUAUGAAAAUCGACCAUAAUGUCGAUUUGCUUCCGACUUAACUGAUAAGGGGUAAAGUUUAGUGUUGAUAAACUUUUCUGUACUUUGUUAGCAUUUUAUUAUUGUGAUCAGGUUUUGAUCUUCAAUUGAGAUUGAUGAUGUAUUUUCAUAUUUAUGCCUAAGAAAUAUUUUUUCUCGA